ACUUGUAAUCAGUCCCGUUUUGACGUGCUUUAACACCGGGUGGAGUGCGUGUGUCAGCCGAAUGUAUUAUUUAUUGCGAUAAGCGAAGAUUUAUAAGAAGCACGACCGUCAUGCCUGCGUAUCAUUCCAGCUUCACAAAGAACCAUGCUUCUGUUGGAAACAUGGCACUGUUGCCAAUUAAAACCACAUUCAGAGGUCCUGCACCUCCCUUCAACAACAAAGAACAAGAUAUAAUUGAUGAGGCAUUAUAUUUCUUCAAGGCAAAUGUUUUUUUCAGAACAUAUGAGAUUAAAAGUGAGGCUGACAGAGUUUUAAUCUAUAUCACCUUAUUUAUUACCGAAUGCUUGAAGAAAUUGCAAAAGUGUGCAACCCAAGCGCAAGGCAUGAAUGAAACGUUUUCUCUUGCUAUUUCUAAAUUCGAUAUUCCUGGCGAUCCUGGCUUCCCUUUGAAUUCUGUGUACGCUAAACCAAGUAGUCCUGCUGAAGCUGAUCUUAUGAGACAGUAUCUUCAUCAAGUCAGACAGGAAACAGCCGUUAGGAUUGUUGAAAAAGUAUACAAAGAGGAUGGAAAGCCGAGCAAAUGGUGGCUCUGCUUUGCGAAAAAGAAGUUUAUGGACAAAUCGUUAUCCGGACCCGGACAAUAAAUUCGUUUUUAUAAUUCUUUCAAGAUACAACAUAUGGAAUAUUGCAAAAUAAAGAAGCUAAGUGAAAAAUCAA